AUUGGCUAGCACUGCCUGAGACUACUCCAGCCUCCCCCAUCCCUGAUGUCACAAUUCAGAGGCUGCUGCCUGCCUAGGAGGUUGUAGAGAGCUCUGUAGGUUCUCUCUGUGUGUCCUACAGGGCUCUUCGGGCCAGGUCCCUAUCUGAUGGCUUUUAUGAGAAAAUACCUCCUGCCCACUCUGGGGCUCUUCUUGGCCUACUUCUACUAUUCUGCAAAGGAGGAGUUCAGACCAGAGAUGCUCCAAGGAAAGAAAGUGAUUGUCACGGGGGCCAGCAAAGGGAUCGGAGAAGAGAUGGCUUAUCAUCUGGCCAGGAUGGGAGCACAUGUGGUUGUGACAGCAAGGUCAGAAGAAAGUCUACAGAAGGUGGUGUCCCGCUGCCUGGAACUUGGAGCGGCCUCAGCACAGUACAUCGCUGGCUCCAUGGAAGACAUGACCUUUGCAGAGCAAUUUGUUGCCAAAGCAGGAAAGCUUAUGGGGGGAAUAGACAUGCUUAUUCUCAACCACAUCACCAAGACUUACAUGAGGCUUUUUCAUGACGAUAUUCACCACUUGCGCAAAAUUAUGGAGGUCAACUUCCUCAGCUACGUGGUCCUGACCGUAGCUGCCUUGCCCAUGCUGAAGCAGAGCAAUGGAAGCAUCGUUGUCGUCUCUUCGCAGGCUGGGAAAAUACCUUAUCCACUAAUUGCUCCAUAUUCUGCAAGCAAGUUUGCUCUGGAUGGGUUUUUCUCCUCCAUCAGGGCAGAAUACUCAGUGGCCAAGGUCAAUGUGUCAAUUACUCUCUGUAUUCUCGGCCUCAUAAACACAGACGCAGCCACGAAGGCAGUUUCUGGGAUACUAAAUAUGGAAGCAGCUCCAAAGGAGGAAUGUGCCCUGGAGAUCAUCAAAGGGGGAGCUCUGCGCCAAAAGGAAAUAUAUUAUGGCAGGUCAUCCUGGAACAGUCUCCUGCUAGAAAAUCCAGGGAGGAAAAUCCUCGAAUCUUUAACCUUAAAUCAUUAUAACAAAAACAGAUUCAUAAACAAUCAGGAAUCCCUCAGGGCCAGGCAUGAUGAGGGGUCUUGAGACCGUUCUGCCUGAUAUUUAUCUGGGUUCUGUUCAUGAAGGCAUCUUCCCAGAGGGAUAACUAGAGUAUACCCAGAGAAAUGCAAGUCAUGGGUCUCAUCAGAUAAUUGGAAGGAGUUCCUCUAACACCUGCACAGUGGAAAUGUAAUUAUAAUGAAUGUCAUGAACCACCGCAGCCUGCAUUUGCAAAACUGAUAGCUACCAUAGGUGUAAUUACAAGGUAGUUAUAUCAAAUUUAUCCCCUAUAUAUAAUAAUAUGUGAUGUUUAAUACAAUAUUAAUUAUAAUAAAGGUCAUAUAAACUUUAUAAUUCAUAAUUGGUAACUAUAACAUUCAGUAUGGUUUCUUUAAAACCAUAAACUAUACAAAUGAAAGUU